AUGUAUCUGCAAAUUUACAUAAUGGGGAGAAUGAAUAUAAUGAAAACCAAGAGAAAACUGGUAAUCUACUAUAGUGCUACUGCACUAUGGCUUGCCAGUAUCCUCUAUUGGUACUAUACAUAUUUCAAGGCAAUUCCAGAAAUAGAUACUUCACCACAUUCCAUAUACGACAUAUACGAUAACCACUACCAGCUGCCGUCAGAAACCUCUACUGUAGAAGCUCCUGCAAAUUUCAAACAAGACCCAAACUACCAAAUGCUAGUUGAAGAAUACAACAUUACAGAAAAACCAGUUGACGAUUACCACUCAUCUGUUUACGAAGAAAUCUUCAAGAACCACAACCUCACUACAGUGUUGGCAAACCUCAACUUUAAACAAAGGUGCGAUUUGUAUUUCCGAAACUUGUUUUUGAAAAACAAUAACUGGAUCUUGCACCCCGAUCGAAACUAUGACGUCCAAUUUGGCAAACCAUACGAAGACUUUAUCAAUGCAAACUUGGGUUCAAUUCGAGAAGCUUAUGGCAACGAAAAAGGUACUCAACCAGCAGAUGAUGAUGGCGAUUUCGUAAAGUACAAGAAACAAAAAUACCGUGAGCUGAAACAAGGGGAAAUUGACCAAAUGGUUGUUGAUGAUUUGGACGCAUUAAGACUUUAUAACAAGUGUUAUGUAACAGAUGACGAUCCUGAUCAAAAGCAAAGAGUGGGCAACUUUGUAAAAGAACAAAGAAAAUUGAUUGUUGGUGAAGAAACAAAAUCACAAUUACUCAAAAAUAUUGAACCUUUUGAAUAUACUAAAUUUGAAAAAUUGUUCAACCAUGGACAAUCGGCUCACAACUACGAUCACAGGAUAUACCCAUGGCUUUCCUUUGAAACACCAGUUUUCGAAAGAUGGACUGGCCAGUUGUACAACAGUAUUCCAAACUAUCGCGAAAUAUUGAAGGACAAGUCACAACCACCACCUAUUAAAACAGCUAAAUCUGAAGAACUGAAUUUUUUCAAGAAAUUCAAGAAUCAAUGCAAUGGAAAGGGAAUAGUUUUAUCUAUUGGAGAUCAACAUGCUGUUUACACCGUCAAUUUGAUCCACUUGUUAAGAGCAUUGGGCAACAAACUACCCAUCCAGAUUUUGUACCACGAUGACAUUAGUGAAGAUACAAAGAGAGCAUUAACAACUGCUGCUAGAGAAGACUUUUCAGACUUGCCCGAGUCUUAUAGAAAGGCAUCGAUGUACCUCCCUAAUGAUUAUUUGGAAAAAGAAUCAAAUGGUUUACCAAAGCAAGAGAUUUGGUUUGUCAAUAUGGCCAGUGUUGUUCACGAAAACUAUAGAGACAAGUUUAGAGGCUUUGCCAAUAAGUUGUUGGCAACUCUAUUCAACUCAUUUAAUGAAUUUAUAUUGAUUGAUGCAGAUACGGCAAUGAUGCAAAAUCCAGAAUAUUUUUUCCAAUUAAAAGGGUACCAAGAAACUGGAAGUUUCUUUUUCAGAGAUCGUGGGACUUUGGGUAAACGUUCAAAGAAUGAUCCUCCACAUCUUCAUCGUCUUGCACAAACUAGUAUUGAUAAAUUGAUGUUUAAUGUUGACCCCUUUUCAAACCACACAUUGCACCAAAAUGUGUUUCAAGGUGUCCAGCACUCAAUGGAGUCUGGUCUUGUUGUUAUCAAUAGACAAUUACAUUUUAGCUCAAUCAUCAUGAUUGUUUACCUCAACUUUGUUGCCCCAAUUAAAGGUAAAGUGUAUGGAGACAAGGAAUUAUUCUGGCUAGGAUUUGCAUACAAUGGCGAUGAAAACUAUCAUUUCAAUCAAUAUGGUGCUGCCUCAAUAGGACGCUUGACCAGACCCGGAGACAGAAAGAGACCAGAUGGAACCUACCACCAUUCCAAAGAAUUGUGUUCUCCUCAUCCUGGACACAUUAAUGAAGAAGAUGGGCAUUCUCUACUCUGGAUCAAUUCGGGUUUUAGAUUCUGCCACCAAUCAGACAAGAUUAAUUUUGAUGAGGAAUAUGUCAUUGGUGACAAGUUGGCAUUCCUUGAAAAGACACCUGAUGCAUAUAGAAAGUUUUAUUUCAGUCCUUUGAUCAUUAGAGAUGCUAUAAUCCCACCAUUGGCUUCGGAUUAUAAGCAUAGACUCAAUGGUGCUGACGAACCGUCUAGUGGAUGGAUGAUGGAUAAGUAUUGUAAGAACUAUAUGUGGUGUGCAUACCUGAGUGUGGGAGGCAAGGCUAAAAACUCAGAUGAAGAUAACACAUUGGAAGGUAAAGUUAUCAAGUUCACACAAGAAGAGGCAGCAUUAUUUGACUACUAUGGAGAUGUAUGGGUCGGUGAGGAGUAA